AUGAAUAUCACUCACUUUGCACUUUCAUUUCAGCCUGUGCUACUUAACGUCACCGAAGACUACAACGACUCRAUUCUUAACAGAAGCAGUGAUGGAUUUUGUGAGCAGGUCUUCAUAAAGGCAGAGGUCUUCUUGACUCUAGGGAUCAUCAGCCUGCUGGAAAAUAUCCUUGUCAUUCUUGCAGUGCUGAAGAAUGGAAACCUGCACUCUCCCAUGUACUUCUUCCUGUGCAGCCUGGCUGUGGCAGAUAUGUUAGUGAGCAUGUCAAAUGCUUUGGAGACGAUCAUGAUUGCAAUUCUGAGCAACGGCUAUUUGAUCAUUGAUGACCACUUUAUUCAGCAUAUGGAUAACAUUUUUGACUCAAUGAUUUGUAUUUCUUUGGUAGCUUCAAUUUGCAACCUCUUGGUUAUAGCCAUUGACAGGUACAUAACUAUUUUCUAUGCUCUCCGUUACCACAGCAUCAUGACUGUGAAGAAAGCUCUAGCCCUCAUCGUGGUCAUUUGGAUUGCUUGCAUCAUCUGCGGCAUCAUAUUCAUUGCCUACUCGGAAAGCAAAACUGUCAUUGUCUGUCUCAUCACCAUGUUCUUUACCAUGCUCUUUCUUAUGGCCUCCCUUUACGUUCACAUGUUCUUGUUUGCACGCCUGCACGUUAAGCGGAUUGCGGCCCUGCCGGUGGACGGGGUGCCUUAUCAGCGCACCUGCAUGAAGGGAGCUGUGACAAUCACUAUAUUACUCGGGGUCUUCAUUGUUUGCUGGGCACCUUUCUUCCUGCACCUCAUUCUCAUCAUUUCAUGCCCCAUGAACCCCUACUGUGUCUGCUACACUUCCCAUUUCAACACCUAUCUGGUCUUGAUAAUGUGCAACUCUGUAAUUGAUCCACUCAUUUAUGCUUUCCGGAGUCUGGAGAUGAGAAAGACUUUCAAAGAAAUAGUCUGUUGUUGUUAUGGCAUGAGUGUGGGACAGUGCGUGUUGUAA